UUAACUUAAAUCUUGAUAGCCCGACAAAAGUCUUCGCCAUUCUCGAUAAUUAGGGUUCUGCCCAAGAAUCUUCUCUUUGAAUAUCCUUCUUCUUCUGGUAAAAUCCACCAUUGUUUGUUACUCUUGUUUCAAACUCGAUCGACAACACUAUUCAAAAGCGAUCCAAGGCCUUUGAGGAAGAAGAAGGCCGAAGAUAGUGCAGGUUUUCGUCAAUGACGGAGGUGAGUGCUAUGAUGAUUCGUGCUUGUUGCAAUUUCGUUGCUAAAACCUCUGUGUUAGAUGUGAAACGAUCGGAUUCUCGUUUGUCGGUUAUCGGUCGAACAGUUUGGUGCGAUCGGGGUAGGAUGAAGGGGAGAGUUGUAACUGGAGUUAAGGCGGCAAUGCAGGUGGAUUUGGAGGAUGAUGAGAGGUUGAAACGAUUGGACGGUUUAGAGGCGACAUUAGGGCUUGAUGUUGUGGCGGAGAGGGAAUUGAAGGAGAAAGGGUUUUUGGGGAUGAGGAAGACGAAGUUUGUUUGUACGAUUGGGCCUGCGUGUUGUGCGAUUGAGGAUUUGGAGAAGUUGGCUUUGGAAGGUAUGAACAUUGCGAGAUUGAAUAUGUGUCACAACAAGAAGGAGUGGCACUAUGACGUGAUUAGGAAGAUCAAGAAGUUGAAUGAAAAAGGAUUUUGUAUUUCGGUGAUGAUUGAUACUGAAGGAAGUCAGAUUCAUGUUGUUGAUCAUGGAGCUCCUUUCUCCGUCAAAGUAGAGGAUGGUUCAAAUUGGUUGUUUACUGCUGAGAAAUUCGAGGGCUCUCGUCCAUUUACUGUUCAAGCGAGCUAUGAAGGUUUUUCUGAAGGUAUCCAAGUGGGUGAUUCAAUUGUGAUUGAUGGGGGAAUGGCAUCCUUUGAAGUUAUGGAAAAGAUUGGGAAUGAUUUAAGCUGUAAGUGCACAGACCCUGGUUUGUUUCUUCCUCGAGCAAAAUGCAGCUUUUGGAGGGAUGGGAGGCUUGUUAUGAGAAAACAUGAGUCUCCCACGCUGUCAAGUAAGGAUUGGUCCGACAUUGAAUUUGGAAUCUCGGAAGGCGUCGACUUCAUUGCCCUUUCCUUUGUGAACAGUGCAGAUUCUGUCAAGCAUCUAAAGAGCUACCUAUCAGCAAAAUCAGCAAAAUCUGUGAGAGUAUUGGCCAAGAUUGAAAGCUUGGAGUCCCUUCAAAAUCUAGAAGAAAUCAUAAAGGCUUCUGAUGGAAUCAUGGUGGCUCGAGGGGAUCUUGGGGUUGAAAUUCCUCUCGAGCAGAUACCAGCAGUCCAAGAAGAGAUAACUAGUGUCUGUAGGGAGCUGAACAAACCAGUGAUCGUAGCUUCUCAACUUCUAGAGUCGAUGGUUGAAUAUCCUACUCCAACACGUGCUGAGGUUGCAGAUGUUUCUGAAGUUGUCCGACAGUAUGCCGAUGCAUUGAUGCUGUGUGGAGAGUCUGCCAUAGGAUCAUAUGGACAGAAAGCGCUUUCGGUUCUGCAGAUAGCCAGCAGCCGAAUGGAGUUAUGGAGUGGUGAAGAAAAUACGAAACAUUUCCUUCCCCAACACCAACUUGGGGUGUCAUUGCACGAUCGCAUUGCCGAAGAAAUUUGCAAUUCUGCAGCUGAAUUGGCCAACAAACUUUCAGUAGACGCUAUAUUCGUGCUCACAAAGCAAGGUCACAUGGCUUCUCUUCUAUCCCGAAACCGCCCCAGCCCGCCUAUAUUCGCAUUAACCGACGACGACAGCACGAGAAUGGCUUUGAAUCUUCAAUGGGGAGUGUUUCCUCUGCGCAUUGACCUCUCAGACGACAUAGAAGCCAACAUCUCAAGAGGAAUCGAGCUAGUGAAGUCAAAGGGACUGGUCAAACAGGGGGACUUCGUGUUGAUGGUCUCAGAGAUCUCUGCAGCUCGAGCUGCAUCAAUGGCGUCCCAAUCAAUCCAGCUGAAAUCCAUCGUGUAGCACAAACAGAAAACCAAGGCUGGUCAGAGGUUUUAUAUACUGGAAACUGCUUUAGGAUGCUUUGUAGUAUGCUUUUUAGUGGUUUGUGAUUGCACGUACCAUAUGUGGUGGCUACUCAUUUAUCUAUCUCAUUACAUGUGAAACGACGUCGUUUCUUUACUUGUGGCCAUGUCUGAUAGGUUGCUUGCUGUAGUAUAGCUAAUAUUUGGUGAUUGAACAACUCUAUUGAAAUUAUUGGCCAUUGUUGAUAUGUUUGUAGAAAACGACAAAAGAUGUGCCAAACUUUAAAU